CGGUUUAAUGUCUUCCCCGGUAUUUUCAAGAGUCGGCAAAUCACUGCUGCGUGUUUGUCUAUUGACGCAACGUCGUGUUGUGAUUUCGUCCGGUAAUGUCACAUUAAUGCUUUGUUCUGUAUGUCUCUCCACAUUAGUAGAUAUUUUGUGGUAGGUCUUGUAAGGUAUGUGAGUAUAGAUAGCAUCAUGUUAAACUUAAAUAGCGUGUCAUGAAUUAAGUCAUUAUUGAAGACCAUGUCUAAAUUACAAUAAAGGCUGUCAAGUAAUAUAGGUAGUUCAUGCUCACAUCUCAUCAAUAAUUCGUACUGUUUUCUGGUUAGUAAGCAUUUAGUAUAAUACUCGAAAAUUUGUUUCUUGUUUAAAGUAUUCUUAACGUAUUUAUAAGUAUUUGUGUAAUUACGGUUUAUUUCUUAUUCUAGUAAUGCGACUUUGAAAAUCUGUUCAAGUCACAAUGGCUUUCUUAAAACUAAUAAUAAUCCAGUCAUAUUUUUUCUCAGAACCCACACUGUAUAUGAGGUAUUAUUCAUAUAUUAAUAGUUCUGUCCCAUGGAUUUCUUGCAGAUCCGUCCAAGUUUAUUCUUACUUGCUUCGAGAAUAGUUUAUCGUGAUGGUGCGUCACUUAAUAGGCAACUUAACCAGAAUUGAAGACUACUAAACGAGUUUAUUUCCUUCGAGAAACCGAUUAAGUCAACAUGCUAAUAAAAUGAACUAAUCUUAUACUUAAUUACAAAGUUACUCAAAACCACACCUAUGCUCGUGUGUUAUGCUAGUAUACAAUUAAGUAUAAAGAAUCAUAGUUGGAAGGGUCGUCAACUCGUUCUGCACAAAUAACAUGCAAAGAUGCACAAUUUUAGUUCCAAGUCGAGAAACUUCAUAUUAGUCGAAAUAUACAGUGCUGUGUCAAGGAGUCAGGCCAACCUAAGCACUGUACCACACUUCGUUUGUCCUAGACUUUGGUAUUUCUGACCUAGCAAUCAUGAGUAUUUACUGGGCCUGAAUGUAGUACACGCCAUAAGUUCGAGUGCUUCCUACUAGUUUGAAACAAUUAUUGUGAUUAUUAUCAUCCUGAAAAAAGUAUGUGUUUGCGAUUGUAUAGCUUUGAAAAUGAAUUCGCUAAAAAGAGAUCUUUUCGCUGAACCAAUCAUAUUUAAUGUCUUAAUGGGUGUAUUCCGUUUACUUAAACAAAAUAAACAUAUUCUUGUAUUUAAGCUGUGUAGUUAUAGAGUAUUUAGCACAUCACCUAUCAAAAAGAAACAUGCUGGUUCAACCCCAUUAUUUAUUAAGUAGCUUCUCUCUCAUCUCUAAUCAACUGUUUAUUCUGAAUUAGAAAUCCUAUAGAACUACUCAGUAUCCUCACUCUAGUUCUCCACAAUUCUAUCAUACUGUAAGCUGUUAGAUACACAAGUCGUUUCUCAUGAAUACUACGCUAAAUGAGUGAAAAUUCAAUGUUUUUACGAAUUCUUGUUGCUACAUUAGCAUCGUUGUAUAAAAGAUAUGUAUCACGAUCAAACAUUUGUGUGUACGUGACGUGUUAAUCUGUAAAUACUUUUGUUUACGCUCGACUAAUUCAUGUGCUAAAGUUAACAUCGCCUAGAUAAUCUAUUUAGUCAUUCAAAACAGCCACUCGCUCAGUUUAAUUAAGAGUUUGUAAGGAUUGCCUAAACGUGUGAUUUAUGGGUAAUUUUAGGUGUUCCUUCGCUCCGUGUGGUAAAAACGUAUCAGUCGAUGAUAGGUUUGCUACCAUAGUGAGUCAACUAAAAAAUUGUAUUCCCAAACUUUUGUAUAAAUACAAAUAUUGGGUAAAAACAGCACUACCUUUUCAAAAAUAUAAAAACCCAUAAUUAUUUCUUUGUAGUUUCAAUGGAGCAUACCAGUAUCAACUAUCCUGAGAUAUAUAAGGAUGAAUCUACUAUAGAGGAAAAAUUUGAUGUCCAGGUACGAGGAUUGUUUUCCUCAUAUUUUUUUAACUACCCAUUAAGGUUGUGCCAUUCCAAAACAAUGCUUUUAAUAUGUGUAUAAGACUUAUAUAAACAAAAGGCGUUUUAUGUGUAAUCGAAUUCUGCCCACAUUAAAUCAAUAAGUUUUUGAAUCUCCGUCGACUGAGAUGGUUAGGAUAUGUACUACGCAAACCCAUCCACCAACCACCUCGACGUGCGAUAAUGGCUGGUGCAGGAGCAGGUUAGGAGAAAUGUAGGGACGGCCAAACCAAGACAUGGUAUUAACACAUAAAGACACUGACUGUUGAACUGAGUCGUGUAGGUGCGUGUAGAUUAUUUGGUUGGGGUCCACGUGAUUAUGGUAACCGAUUGUUAGAGAUGGCGCAGGUACAUUCCCUCUAGAUUCCUCAUAAAUUUUCCCCAUUAUUUCACUAAGUUAUAUUUUAUCGGAUGGUCUCUUGUAUGUGUAGUCUUUUCUAUUACCACUAAUACUGCUAUUACCUCAACAACUAUGGGAUUCACCCUGGCAAUUUCAUCUCUGCACGCUAACGGGUUAUGGCAACUUAAACCGAUGUAUACAUAUGCUAGGUUCUAGGCUGCGUUCGACUGAGUGUCUAAACCCUUAGUAAAGAUUCUCGUGAUCGUUUUAUAACCAGAAACUAGUACACAACAUUACUCUGGAGUACUUAACUAGCUUAUUUCAACUUUACAUUUCGUGCCUAAUGCAGUCCAGUAGCGUGAGAUAUCUGGUUUGAAAUUCAGUAAUUAUGAUUAGUUAAUGUAACUUAAUAAGCUGUUCGCAAUAUGCAAGACCUAUUCAAUUUUAAAUAUUUCUAGUAUUAGAGCAAAUAGUUUUGUAAAGUGAUAAGCAACCAUUUUCCGUUGUUUAAGGAAUAAGGAAAAACUCAACCUAUAUUAAUUUGUUGAUAUUAUAGCAAUUAUUUCUCAUGUGAACAGUUUAUCCGAAAUCCAUGUCCAGGUUUCUUCGAAUUCGAUAACUUAGUGUCGGAAAAUUGAAUUUUUCCAAAUACAGUUAGUAAUAAUCUUCAUUCUUAAGUUCGUGCAUGCCCAGAAAUUCGCAAGGCUCGUUUUGUGAAUUAAAUACACAAUAAGGAAGUACAAUAAUAGUAAUCUUUAGCACUCUACUUAAAGUGGAGGACUAGUCUAUUAACAAUUCAUGUCUUGACGUCAAAUUAUAUACUUAAUUGUGAUUUUGUAUGUUAUAUGUUCACUUUGUAUCGUGGAAAUUACCAUUGAGAAGUAGACCAUUCUCUACUUACAAUUUGGCUGGACCUACCUAAUUUGUUUACAAAGUAACCUUUUCCUUCCUGGCUAGAUUCAUGAUCCUUACAGAUGGCUAGAAGACCCGGAUUCUGCCCAGACAAAAGCUUUUGUAAAGGCACAAAAUCUGAUAACGGAGCAGUUCUUGCGUAAAUGUCCAUACACUUCGAAAAUCAGAGAUAAAUUAACUGCUAUCUGGGACUACGAAAAAUACUCUUGUCCAUUGAAAUACGGCUCCUUUUACUACAUAUGGCAUAAUAGUGGUUUACAAAAUCAAAGUGUUCUUUAUCAAAUGAAAACGUUGUCAGGACCCACAAAAACGUUUUUAGAUCCUAACGAAAUUGAUCCAGAAGGCCUUACAUCUUUGAGAAACUACAGUUUUUCGGUGGAAGGAACUUAUUGUUGUUAUGGUCUUAGUUUUGGUGGUUCUGAUUGGUCUGAACUUAAAUUUAAAACCUGCGAAUCGGGCAAAGAUCUGCCAGAUGUUUUGAAACAUGUCAAGUUCAGUUCAAUUUCGUGGACGAAGGAUGAGAAAGGUGUUUUUUACUGUAUGUACCCUCAGCACGAAGGUAAAGCGGAUGGUACUGAAACAACUACUAAUACUGAUCAGAAGCUCAUGUACCAUCGUCUGGGUACACCACAGUCAGAUGAUAUCUUGUUCCUGGAACGACCGGAUCACCCUACUUGGAAUAUGUGCGUAUAAACAAAAGUCUUAAUUCGAAAGAUAAUUUUUUUUAAUCAUUCGCCUAUUAACUUAGCCCACUUCUAUAGUAUGUUCUGUCUCACAUUGUCUUGUUUGAAAACUUCCCAAGGCUGGUUAGCUUGAUGUUUUCAAGCUUUGUUUUAGCAGUGGCGAGAUUGUUUUUUUCCUGUUGCAAUUAAUCUCACUUGGUAUGCAUGUAUGACAUACAAAUCUUGAAUCUAUUGCUUACCAACAUGUAUCUAAAAAUUUCAUCCUACCCCUUAAAAUGAUGGUGAAUGUCAAAUAUUAGGUUGCAGGUGUUCGGUUGUAAGAGUUCUUAGUUGGAUCAUCUAACGAACGGCAUUUAGGGUGAAUCUGGAGUCAUUUUACGUUUAGUCGUAAAUGUGGAUCGAUUGAUAUGAGUGACACAUUUCCAACGUCUGAUGCUAUCCUUCUAAAGACGUAAGAAAAUUCCGACAAUGUUUUAGCUAAGUCCAUUAAGCUACUAAUUGCUCGUUAUCGGUAUAUAGGCAUGGUGUUUAUUUUAAUCCAAACAAUAACUUCUGUAUUACUAAUGCUUUUGCUCUUGUCUUUGAAUAAUUUUGUUAUAACGGUUAGAUUUCCACGUUUACACUUAUGGGACGUAAAUUUGCCUUAGACGAAUAUCUACACUAGAUACCUUUCCAGUGUCUAUUCUACAGGACUUCAGCAUAACUCAGAUCAAGAACACAUGAUUAGUCUGACCAGAAUGUAAAUAUAUUUCCACACCAAAACCCGACAUAAUCCAACAACAAUGAACAAUCAAUGAUAAUAAUUAUAAGGAUAGGGGAAUAUAUAACUCAUCUGACACCUGUUAGACUAUUUACAUGUCCGACUAAGCAGACAAUCACUAUCAUUCUCGUCCACACAUCAAAUUUUAUCUGCUAUAUAUAUAAUUUUAUUUAUUUAUUUUGACACAGAUAUUGGUACAAGGAGGUACCAGAUAUAUAUGCGCCACACAAAUCUCAUUCGAUAUGUGUGAGGGCUGGGAUACUGCCCGGGUGCCCAAACCGAAACAUGAUAUAUAUAUAUAUAUAUAUAUAUAUAUAUAUAUAUAUAUAUAUAUAUAAAUUUGUAAUAAUCGUAUACCUUAGGAUUUUGCGCUAGCUAAAGCUACUUCAGCCUGAUUUUGUAUUCACCUUUAUAUACUUUCAGACAGUAAACAUAUUUACCGUAACGUACGAUGCUGAACUAAAUUAGGUUUAAAACAAGAGUUGAAUAUCAAAAAACGUUGAACUACGCUAGUCUGUACAUUCACUGACCGUUGAUCUAGGCCACAUAAAGACUCAUAAUUCCUUUUUCUAGUGCUCAAGAUAAUGGUAGUCAAUGAAUAAAGAUGGUUUAUAUUUUUCCACGUAGUUGGUGUAUUACUAACCUUUAUUUAUUUAUCUAAACAGUUUUCAAUUUUUGUUGAUUGUUUUUCCAAUGUUUCAUUUCCACAAGAUUGUGUCUGGUACUCUUAAUAUUAUAUCACGUAAAUCGAAAUCAAUAAGAUUAUACGUCUUUGUUUCAUUGAUAUGAUCUCUUACACUGGCAUAUGUUUUCGUGUUAUAUGUAUUUUGAAAUAUCAGUCAAGGAGAAGUGUCUGAUUGCGGGAGAUACUUACUGGUAACUUUGUAUGAUGGAUGUGAACCCAAUAACCAGCUUUUCUACUGCGAUCUUGAAAAAUUCGAUCUAAUUAUCAAAAGUUAGUUGUUACGUAACCAGUUUGUCUUUGUGCAUUAACAUAGCAUUGAUCUUUGAUGUAUACUAGACCCAGUGAUUAAGUAGUUUUUGUCUUACGAUUCUUGUAUUACCAUCAAUGUAUAUCAUAUUCAUAGUAUCUGUGAUCUCUCAGCGAACACGACUUGGUGCUGGUUUAUUUUAAAGUCAAUACAAAAAGUUUGUAAUUAACCAAGCUUCAGGGAUGUGGAAGCUAGACGAAGUGGUGUGAAGGGCUGCGGGCAGUAUAACGAUCAGUAAAUCAGCUGACAUAAUCAGUGGUUUUCUGGACAGUGUACCUUAAUUCGACUGUAACUCUUCCCACAAAUUAGAUAGAAUUUAAUCUCUGGUUCUAACAUAGAUUAUGUCCUAAUGGAUAUAAUUUCAGUGGUCCUAGUCUUCAGUUUUCUGUUUGAAUACACGAAAAGCAAAUACUAUGUUAAAUUAUUAAAGACUGUAGUCACUGCAACAUUGCCAUGUAUUUUCAACGAAUAAUAACAAUAAUACUUAAGGUUUAUAUAUUUGUACACCGUUAUUAUGAGUAAAUCAAUGAGAUUAUUGAAUGUUUCUUUAGGAAUAAUGAUAUGCAGUUGUAUAUUUGCAUAGUUUGAUUUUCAGUUAGCCUCCAUUUUCCACAUUUUGCGCUAGGGUCAUGUAUUAUAAACCUCGCCAUCAAAUAUUGAAACAUUCUCCGUAGUUCAUUUUGAGUAGCAACAUCAAUGAAACCGUUACCAGUGUUAAUGAUAAUUCUUUUUAGAAAAAAUUGAGUUGAUUCCAAUCGUCGAUCGCUUUGAAGCUGUCUAUGAAUAUGUGACAAAUGAAGGUGAUUCAUUUGUAUUUCGCACCAACUUAGAUGCUCCGAUGUACAAGAUAAUCAAAAUCAAUCUUUCUAAUUGUGAUCGUGUAAGUUUGUCUGUAUGUGACUGCGAUUAUUAUCCUCAUUUAUUGGUCAUAUUUCAUAGCAAUUCUGAAGACUGCACCUUUUUUUCCUGAGGGUACCAGAAAUAUAUAUAUAUAUAUAUAUAUAUAUAUAUAUAUAUAUAUACUUAUGGACAGAUUAUAAUAAUUGCUAAAUCAUAUCACGAUUUUGCGAUAUUAUAUUCAAUCUUUUCAACCGAUUGUCAAUUAACUACCAUGGGAUUGAAUUCACUUGGUAUUGUUUGCUUGAAUCUUCCCAUAGAUGGUGGCUAGCAGUGGAAUCCAGGACACGCGUUUCGUCAUAAGUGGAUAACGCGGUGGCGUUUGAAGCGAACAGUACUGGGUUCGAGUCCCGGAGUAACCAUCAACUCUGGGAUUCAGGUACAUCUACCUGACGAGUCCCAAAUAGGAAAAAACGCGCGUCCUGGAUUCCACUGCUAGCCACCAUCCAUCUUUGCUUAUAAUAUCAUAAGAUUGAUUUAUUGGGAGCUGAUGGUUCUCACUGAACGACCAUAUAGUUUGCAAAAACUAUGUAGUUGAUUCUCUUUAGACUUUUCAGCGUUCUAUCCUGGCUUUAGAAUAAACAAACUAGUAUGAAAUCUCAGUAAGUAGUUAUGGUGCUAAAUGAUUUUAUUUUUCCACGAAUUAUUAAGUGUAUAAAAUAUAUAUUAUGUUGUGAACAAAUGCAAAUAAACACUUGCCAUGUGCGUGAUCAUACAUGCAAUUUCAUUUGAUUUUCAAGUGAGAAUGACAAAUAUGAUUAACCCCAUGAUCAUAUUCUAAACUUUUGUGAUUUUUUUGUUUGAGUCACUUGAUUUAAUUAGGCCUUCUACAAAGUGUGCAAAAACAAGCUUAGUGUAAUGGCAUGUACUUGAUAUAUAUAUGGUGAAAAUUUAUUCAGUGAUUGUUUUUUUUACAAUAAAUGUCCUAAUUCUAUUUUCCAUAUAUUCUAGCAACAUUGGGAAGAUCUUAUCGAUCACAAUGUGGAAUCACUCUUAGAAAGUGCAGUUUGUGUGAACGAGGAUAAAUUGAUCAUUUGUCAUCUAAAGAAUGUUAAGAGCUGCUUAUCCGUACACAAACUACUCACUGGGGAGAAGAUAUCGGAUAUUGAUAUUUCACUUGGAUGCGUCGCUAAUGUAACUGGACGCAAACGUGAUGAUGAAGCUUUCAUCCAUUUUACAUCGUUUCUCACUCCUGGAAUAAUUUACUCCUACAAUUUUUCCCACUCUCAUCCAAAGUUAGAGGUAAGUAGUUUGGCAGGUGAAUUGUUUGUAGCAUUACUUGUUUUUGUGUACUACAAAUCAGAAAUGGCAUCAUGCGUAUCCUGCGGUUUUCAACACUUGUUGACUGGUGAAUUAAAGUUACUUUGUCUACCGCUACCAUCGUAAGUAGGAAUUAAGCACCUGCUCAAAUGUAUCAUCUUUCAGCUAAUCUGUGAUCGGAGUAUUGUAAUCUGGUAGUUACUAUACUUAAUGCUAGCAACCUUUUUCACUGCGGAGUGGGUAGGCUUGUCCACAAAACAUAGAUCACUGGUCAUACACACCAUCAACCUAUCGUUUUCAUACCAUUGCUUGGUUCAUUUAGUAGUGAGCUUUUAUGGGUAUUCACAUAAAAAAUAUAAUCAAAUUCUUAGUGUCAGUUCACGUUCCAUUGUUCGUAUUUCUUGGUCAAGUAAAUGGCUCCAAGUUAAUUAAUGUGAUCACGAACUUUACUUCAUCCUCUUACUUAAUCACCAUGUUCAUACAUCAAAAACUUUUUUUUAGCUAUCUUACAUAUUAUAUGUCUUUCUAUUUUUGUUACUUACAUGUGCAAGUUUACCUGUUAUUAUCCUUGUUGAUGUUACUGUUUGAUGACAGGUUAUCAGAGAGUCAAAGAUUCGGGAUGUAGACUUAGAUCAAUUUGAAGUGAAACAAGUAUUCUAUGAAAGUAAAGAUAAAACUGUAGUUCCCAUGUUUCUUGUUCUACCUAAAGUAAGUAAAAAUAUUAAACGUCUUAGUAUAUAUAAAUUCACUACCUUUAUAUAACUUGUCCUAUCGAUAUCGUCACACAUCCGUCUUUCAAUACCUUUUAACUAGAAUACUAGUCAUCUCUGAAAAUCCGUGCUCAUUGUUCAUAUUUGUAAUAAUACUGGAUUAAUGUCUGUCUAUACCUUCUAUUAAACUCAAAACGUUUUGUGAUAAACCGGACAAGGCAGCUACCAUCAACCUAAUCAACUUUGCUUAAGUUGUGCUAUGUACUACUGCUAAGGGUAAAACGCUUAACUGAUUUCAUGAUUACUGCGAUCUGAAGUAUUCCUAUAAAGUACGACUUUUCAUUGACUCUGAAUCUCUUGCUAAUGAAAACUAGGGAAAUGAACUGAAAAUCACUUCAAAAUGUUACAUCUUAAAGUGGAACUUAAUUAAUUCUUUUACGAUCUCUUUUCAAACCGCGAUGAUAAUAAUAACCAUAUAAUUUAGUCCUACGUAUCAUUGCCGUUAAAAAAAUUUCAGCACAAAAUAUGCUGUAUUGCAAAGAAUCUCCGCUCAAAAUUCACCUGACUUAUGAGUAUUCAAAAAAUAUUUAUAAAAACGUUUUUAAACACCGAUUAGCUUUCAUUCACAUCAAUCCACAAAUGUUUACAACCGGUCUUGGUCCCAUGAAACUUCGUUUCAUUUCAUUAUAUAUUUGAUAUGUGAAUUCUAUAGUAAUAAUCUAUCUUUUCUUCAAAGAACAGAAAAAAAGUCCACCAUCCACUGUGAUUUGUCCUCAGUAAUUAGAUUCGCAAUAGGUCUUAAAGAUUUAAUAAAAGCAUGUGAACACACGGUUAUCAUACGUAAUUAGUUAAUUAAAAAAUUACAAAACGGGAGUAUUUGUGUCAACAACUGCACGUUCGAAGGAUAAGUGCCUCAAGCGUUUGACUCGAUUGCUCAAUCAAAUGGAAAUAUUAGCUACCUUGUAUAAACAACAUUACGGUGCAAAUUUCUAAACCAUAUUGUCUUCUACACGAUCAAAUGAUGAAAUUUAGAUUUAAAUGUAUCAAAAUCCACCGAAAUCCACUUUAAUAGUAAUCUAAUUACCAAGACCACUUCCUAAUUAUUAUUCUCACAAAACCAGGUGUGCCCUGGGAGAGUCCGCUCUCCCUCUCGAAAUGCUCUCAUAUUGCCACACAUAUACAGCCUCUGCUAGGGAAGUCUUACUCACUGCCUUCUCGCUGAGGGGUGUUGUUUACGAAAUUGAGGGGAUGAAAAGCGAAUGUUCGGCACUUUAACCGGUCUAGUGGAUAUGGCGGAUCCACCUAGGGGAGUUGAAAAAUUAUGAUUCCAAAUGAAUGGUGCACAUGGGCUCCAGGAUCUCGAAGGAACAAAUGACAUAUGAACCAAUCGUUGUUCACCGACUACCACGAGACUACAUCUCCUGACUUUCCUCCCUUGUGGAUCAAACCUUUGGAUCGAAGACUCCGGGUGUUGACCCCCUAAGAGAACCACCUGCUUCGGUUUAGGCACCCGGGAAGUAUCCCAGCCCUCACACAAAUCGAAUGACAAAGUAUGAAGCAUAUAUAUUUGGUACCUCCUUGUGCGAAUGUUUAUAUGUUUAAAUAAAUAAAUAAAGAUAUGAAAACCCUCGACCUUGUGUUCUAAUCACUGUUUGCAUUUAUAUCUACACUGGUGUCUCGCUUCACAUUUCACCUUGCCAAAUUAGCUACUCCUUCUGGGAAGGCUUAUUAAAUUAUAGUGAGUUUUAGCUUAAUCAGUUUGAAUGGUAUUCAUUUCGUCGUCAAAAGUCGUCACUGUUCCGAUUCACUCUAUUUUCCCUCAUUUUUUACUUUUUAGAAUUUCCAACAAAACAACUCGGCGCCGUGUCAACUUUACGGCUAUGGUGGAUUUAACAUAUCUGUUACUCCAUCGUUUUCGGUUGGACGAUUGUUUUUCUUGAUGCAUUUUGGUGGUAUAAUUGCAGUAGCCAACAUUCGUGGUGGAGGGUUAGUUUAACUUGGACAAUUUUUUUCCAUUAUGUUCGUAAUUGUUGUGACGCGCGGCGUCUAAUAAUUGAAGCUAAUGCCCACUCUUACACACAAGACCGACUACCUGGGUGAAAAGAUGAAGAGUGAAGUUUAUUUGGGCUAAAUCGAAUCACAUGUAGUUAAUGUCUCAUCCUUUGCAAAAUAAAGCCAUCGUUUGGCUAUUUGAUUACACUGAUCACUCGGCGAUUCCUGAUUAGUCUGCUUUAUCAAUUUUGUGUAAAGUUUUUACUCAAGCUCACAGUGUUAGGUGGUCGGUGUCAUUAGUCUCAAUUGUAUCCAUCUAGGCAUGGAGUUUGUGAUCAAUGAAACUGAUUAAGAUACACCAAGAUCGUUCGUUUUUAAUCUGCUUAUGGCGUAUGUAAGAUAUCUAAAUAUUUUGUUUAAAAUAUUUAGCACAUAUCAAUCCUCUCUAUUCUAAAGAUUCGAAGCGUAUCUGAUGAAAAUGGUUGGCUUGCGAGCAUUGUAGGUAUUUAAUUACAAGUGCCUUUUAUUAAAUCACUGGCUGAUCGAUGUAGUUAUGAGUCUGAAACGAUUAAUCUGCUCUGGGCCAUGUGAAUAAACUCUCAUUGGUUCACGCGGUUGUGUUGUGGCUAAGUUAACUAGAAUCAAAUUUUUUGUAUUCCUGUUCCUCAUACGCAUAUAAUUUUAUUUGAUAAUUGAUAGAGAAUAUGGAAAAUCUUGGCACGACGCCGGUCGGCUGCAAAACAAACAAAACUCUUUCGAUGAUUUCCAAGCAGCAGCCGAAUACCUUCUUAAUCAUGGAUAUACUAACAACCAAAAACUGUACAUUCAAGGAGGUAGUAAUGGUGGACUUCUAGUUUGUGCCUGUUGCAAUCAACGACCUGAUUUAUUUAAAGCUGCUAUUGCUCAAGUCCCAGUGUGCGACCUUAUUAGAUUCCACAAAUUUACGAUUGGACACGCCUGGAAAAGUGACUAUGGAGAUCCUGAUAAUAAAAAGGAUUUUUCAAACUUGAUGCGGUAAUCCAUUUCUAAAUCAUUUAUUCAUUUCCUAUUUUUGGGACAUUUUCAUGUUUAUCAUUUAACCCUUACUUAACCGUAACUCCUGUGAUCAACUCACACAUCUCUAUUUCAUGUGCAUCAAUUAGUUGAUGACUUUUUGUGAAUAAAUUUCGUGAUUACCCUUUUAUAAACCUCAUACAACUAAAUCGGUCGACACGGAAAUGUAUUGACUUAAAGCGCUCACUAUUUGAGCUGAAAAUUUAUUAUAAAAUAACCCAUGGCUCUGAUAAAAUUCGAGAAUAUAUAUAAAAACGAAAAAUCGUCCAAACGAAUAGAAUGUAUAGCUUAUUAUUCCUCCUAGCUUAUUUUUUUCAAAUACUUUGAAGAUUAUGAUAAAUAUACACCCCAGUAUUGUAAGGGAGUUUGUAUAAGCCUGAUUCAAUAUUGCUUGCCAAAUUUACUAGUUCUUUUUCUGUACACUUUUUCAAAAUGUCUCACAGAAACUAAAAACUGAUCCAAUAUAUGAAUAAACUAAUGAUAUUCUUCAGUUGAUAUUAAUAGGUUUUGUAGUCCCGUUGUUUAAGGUGUUUUCGAAAUAAUUUAAAUCUAGAUUAUUCUUUGAUUUCACGGUAGGUUCUUGUGUAAAAAGAUAGUAAUCAGUUUUAAUAUCUAGCUGACGAAAACGAAUUAUAGGUCAAGAAAAUUCUAGCAUCUUAUAUGAUUCUAAGUUGUACUUAUCUACACACUCUUAUUAAUAUCAAUAAUAUUAUGGCUGGGAAAUCCGAAUAAUCUGUAACACCAUAUUAAUACCAUUAACGUUUGUUAAUCACUAAUAUACUUGUACUUUUAUUCACUGAGUAUAUUGUUGUAACAAUUUGUAACAGAAAUCAUGUGUAAAUAUGUUUUGCUUCUUAUAGCAUUUCCCCACUCCAUAACGUCAAGAUUCCAUCUAAUCCAGAUGUUCAAUAUCCAGCUUUAUUGAUUUUAACUGCAGAUCAUGAUGAUCGUGUUGUUCCGUUACAUUCAUUCAAGUUUAUUGCUACUUUACAAGAAAAAUUAUGUCGCAACUGUCGCCAAACAAACCCUAUUCUGAUUCGAAUUGAGCCAAAGGCUGGACAUGGACAAGGCAAACCAACAUCAAAAUCAAUUAACGAGGUAGUAGAUAUAUACUCCUUCUUACAAACUGCAAUGUCACUCACAUGGAAAGAAUAAUAUGGAUUGUUAUCGCAAUUACUAGUCUUUGAAUUUUUGGUACCUAAUAAUCUCGUCGCUGUUGUCAAUAUCUAUAGAUUAAUUUUACUAACUGCCCCCGAUUUGAUUUGUAUGAAGAUCGUCUGUGGUGCUUUGUUUAUUUAUUAACAUUCUUGGCUUUCAUAUAUAUAUAUUUCGUGUAACUAAACCAAACUUAUACAUUUGUUAUGACGUAUUAAAAAAUAUUUAAUGAUAUUACUAAUCGGUUGAUUCACUGUUUAUCUUUACGGUUUGAUAGAUUUCAACGGUGGCUUGUAGUUUUUUCUUUGUAAAACGAUAUGUAAUAAUAAAUAAUACGAAACGUAACCGAUAGUAAAUAACA